AUGCUGCAGAUCCUGUGUCUGGCGCUCUUCGGCCUGCUGCCUGGAGUGCGGGCUGACCCAGGGGCGCUGAUUCGGCUGGGCAUGGACAUCAUGAACCACGAGGUCCAGAGGGCCAUGGAGGAGAGUCACAUCCUGGAAAAGAUGGCAGCGGAGGCAGGAAAGAAGCGGCCUGGGGUUAAACCCAUCAAGGGCCUGAGCAAUAUGAAGGUCAAAGAUGUCAUCACACCUGUCAUCACACUGAACUUUGUACCUGGAGUAGGCAUCUUCCAGUGUGUGGCCACAGGCAUGACCAUCACUGGCAAGAGCUUCACGGGAGGGAACAUGGAGAUCAUCGUGGUCCUGAACAUCACAGCCACCAACCGGUUUCUGCAGGAUGAGGAGACCGGACUCCCCAUGUUCAAGAGUGAGGACUGUGAGAUCAUCCUGGUCAGCGUGAAGACCAACCUGCCAAGCAACAUGCUGCCCAAGGUGAUCAACAAGUUCCUGGAUAGCACCCUGCACAAAGUCCUCCCCAGCCUGAUGUGUCCAGCCAUCGAUGCAGUACUGGUGUAUGUGAACGAGAGAUGGGCCAGCCUGAAUAACCCUGUGUCUGUGGGCCGUAUGGGCACCGUCAAAUAUGCUCUGGCAUCCGCACCGACCACAACAGCCAGCCAUGUCCAGGUGGACUUUAGUCCCCUGGUGCAGCAGCAAAUGGGCAAAACUAUCCCUCUGGCCAACACCGAGGAGGCCCUGGAAUUCCCCGAGGACUAUGCCGAAGGCUCAUCCCAGCUACUCUUGUCAGCUGCCUUCCUCACAGCAGAGCUGGGCCUGCUACAGAAGUCCUUGGAUGUGAAAAUCCAGGAUAAGAUGAUUGGUGAGCUGCCCCCACAAACCACAGGGACCCUGGCUGACUUCCUCCCUGUGGUGGCCAAGAUCUAUCCCAAGCCAAAGCCCUUGGUGACCCAGAUCAAGAUAAAUAAGUCCCCCAAGGUCACCAUGAAGUCAGGACAGAGUCUGCUGCACCUCCACGGCACCCUGGAGAUGUUUGCUGCUCAGCGGGGCAAGCGCCCUGUAUCCCUCUUCCUCCUGGAGCUGCACUUCAAUCUGAGGAUCCAGUACUCUGUGCAUGAGAACCGGCUACAGCUGGCCACCUCUCUGAACAGAGUACUGAGCCUGUCCCGGGGAUCCUCAUCAGUUGGCAAGUUCAACGAAAACGAAUUAACUAACUUCAUCACGGAUUAUCUCCAAGAGGCCUACACCCCAGUGGUCAAUGAUGUAUUCCAAGUGGGGCUCCCACUCCCAGAUCUUCUAGCUAUCAACUAUGACCUGGCCGAACUGGACAUAAUAGAGAAUGCCCUGGUGCUGGACUUGAAGGAGGCCUGA